AUGCGUGAAGAAAAGGGCAUGCACAAACAGAUGCAAACCAAACUACAAGUUCCAGCUGCAAUUGAAAGUGUAAGUGAACCAGAAGUAGAAGCUGAGUCUCUGGACAACACAGAUGAGGAAGAAGAGGAACCGGAAGAAAUCAAAAAGAGAGGAUCUUCUGAAGACAUAAGAGAAGCUCUACAAAUAAUGUAUGAAUUAAAAGCAAUAAAGAUUACGCUUGAUAAAGUUGUGAAAAAACAGGAGAAAAUGGAUAAGAAACAUCGGACAAAGGAUAACCAUGAAGUUGGCUGGUAUAAACAGACACCGGGAACAGGUCCACAGUUGGUGCUCUAUCACCAUCAUUGGUGGAGUCGCCCAAACUACGGCCCUGGGUUUGGCAGCGACCGUUUCACAUCGACAAUCGACAGCGCCGGCAUCGUUUACCAUCUGAUCAUAAAGAAUGUGGAGAUGAGUGACGCUGCUCUCUAUUACUGCGGAAAGUGGGUUUCAUCGAUCAAUAAUGUCGUGUUCGGCCCAGGGACAAAACUCUUUGUUGCAGUUCAGUACAUCCUGGACCCUUCAGUGAAACUGCUUGGGCCGUCAGCCGAGGAGAUCUCCGCUAAAGAAUCGGGCACCUUAGUUUGCCUGGUCAGUAAAUUGUCGAUGGGCUUCCCUGUCGUCAGCUGGACAGUGAACGGGAGUCCGACGAGCAGUGAGGUGCAAACCAGCGGGGUGACUCAGAACGCGGACAAAACCUUCAGUCUCAGCAGCUACCUGACGGUGCCCGGCGCAGACUGGAGCAGUGGGAAGAGGUACUCCUGCUCAGUUCAACAAGGAGCAGCCUCGACAAUAUCCGCAACAGUCACACAAUCCAGCUGUUAAACAGAGAGCGGCUUCGGCCUUGUUUGUUCCCUGAUUAACAGGAGAUCACCGCUAUGUAUCUUUCACCUCGACCACUCUUACUCGCUCAUCCCUGUACUUCCCUUUUGUUCCGCUCGCUGUAGUUUCCAUUUUGAUGUUGGAAUAUUUGUACCCUGAUUUU